AAAAAUUUCUGCAUGGACACCCAGUGAUGUGUUACACAUCUUCUAUCUCAGCAUUAUUUUAAUCAGAUAUUAUUUCCAUGAUGGACAAUACCCAAAAAACUCUAAAGGAGGAAGCGAAUGACAGAAAGGAACUGGGAGAUAAUACUCUAAAGGAAAAUAAAUCUCCUGGAAAGAUCAUUUAUUUUGCAAAUGGUGAAACAAUGGAAGAAUGCAGUUCAGAAGAAGAAGAUGUUGAGGAAAGCAAUCAGAAGCCAUUACUUGACACUGCCAAUCUCUCUUGGGGUAAUUACCUACGAAGUUGGGUACAUCAAAUUGUAGCCACAGCAUUUUUUGCUUGUGAAUUUCUUGGUGGGAAAUUUGUCACAUUCCUUGGACUCAAUGACUCUAAAUAUCAGUAUGCAGUGGAUGAAUACUACAGGACACAAAAUAAGAAAAAUGAAAGUGAUGAAGAUGGUGAGGAGAUGUCAGAAAUGAAGGAGACAACCACAUCAAAUGAAAAGUACCACCUAGAAAUGAAGCAGCUAAGAUAUGGGUCUAUUACCGGUAAUUGCAACAAUAUCCCAUUCCUUCCUCAGAAAGACACUGUUGCAAAUGUAAAUGAACUUGAAGAAAGUGGGCUGCAAAAUCUAAAAUAAAUCAAAGUUAUGGGAUAUAAAAUGUGCAUUGUUACUUUUGGCUGGAUCAAAAUAUCUAAUCCUCAGCUACAUGUAUUGAGAGGUUAAAUCAGUUCUCUUGGUGGAUUAUUUGAUCUGUAUGGAUUAAAAUGGACGGUUUUAGACCACAUUACCAUAUAUAUCAACAUUACUACUAUUAUUAUUUCUGGAUUGUACUUGGUUAAAUUUUGUUUUUGGUUGUACCACUCAGAGUCGUGUUAUGGGCUGGGUAGAAAUAUAAAUUGUUUAAAUAAAUAAUAUAUAAACCAAUCUUUUUUGGGUUGAAAUAUAAAUUGUUUAAAUAAAUAAUAUAUAAACCAAUCUUUUUUGGGAAAUCAAGAAAAAAUACCAUAGGAGGCUCUAUUGUAUAAGCUAAUACUAAUAUAACAAUCAAACAGUGAAACACCUUAACUUUAAUGGUCUGUUUAUGAAUUAAACUGCAUUU